CCUCACGCCACCCUACGCGGCCGGGCCGUCGUCUCGUCGCAGCCAGCAGGUGAAAAUCUCCGGCAUUAAAGCUCGCCCCGGGGAUCCUCCUCGGCCGCAAACAAAACCCUCCUCGUCAUCUGCGCCUCGCUCCCUGCUCCCCUGUCUCGCCCAAAUCUUUUUCUUCACCCCACCUCUCUCCCCUCCUCUCACAUCACGCUCACAGCCCAGAGCGCGUGUGCGCGCCGCGCCAUCUCUUGUGCUUGGCGUCAACGCGUUAGUUUCAGCGCGCGCGCGCGUGUGGGAGCGACAGGGGGGAGGGAGCGCGAGCGGUUCGGCGGCGGCCGGCGGCGGCCGGCGGCCGGCGGCCGAUGGGGAGGGCGCCGUGCUGCGACAGGACCAAGGGGCUCAAGAAGGGGCCCUGGACGCCGGAGGAGGACAAGCUCCUCGUCGACUACAUCCAGGCCAACGGCCACGGGAGCUGGCGCCUGCUCCCCAAGCUCGCAGGGCUGAACCGGUGCGGCAAGAGCUGCCGGCUGCGGUGGACCAACUACCUCCGGCCGGACAUCAAGCGCGGGCCCUUCAGCCCCGCGGAGCAGAAGUCCAUUGUCCAGCUCCACGCCAUCGUCGGCAACAAGUGGUCCAUGAUCGCGGCGCAGCUGCCGGGGCGGACGGACAACGAGAUCAAGAACUACUGGAACACGCACCUCAAGAAGCAGCUGCGGCGGAUGGGGCUCGCCGAGCCCGCGCCGGGCCCGGCCGCCGGCUGCCCCGCCGCGCGCCACAUGGCGCAGUGGGAGACGGCGCGGCUCGAGGCGGAGGCGCGCCUCUCCCUCCUCGCCGCCGCCUCGUCCUCCUCCGGCGCCACGUCGACCGCCGCGGCCACCACCACCACCUCCGCCUCCUCCUCGUCGACCUGCGCCGCGGGGGCCGAGAAGGCGGCGGCGUCCAAGCCCGCUGACAUCUUCCUCCGCCUGUGGAGCUCGGACAUCGGGGACUCCUUCCGCCGCAGGACGGCCGCGCCGCCGGCGCCCGUCAAGAGGAAGGACGACGCGGCGGUCAUCAAGCAGGAGGCGCGGGCGCAGCCGGGCCCCGGGGACGACGACUCCUCGGCGGCGUCCAGCGAGGAGGCGCUGGAGGUGUACCAGAUGUUCCUCGACUUCGCCGGCGAGGAGCUGGGGCUGUUCCACGGCCGGCACGGCGGCUUCUCGCUCUUCCCGCCGCACGACGACGUGCUCGCCGAGGCGUCCCUGGACACGGCGUUCUGAGCCAGUGAAGACGACGUGGCGAUCUCCACGUACGUACUUUAUACGUACGUGUACACGUCUACGGCUUGCUAUACGCACCCGCAUGCGCACAUGUAUGCAUGUAUAUACGUACGCAUGUGUCUCGCGUAUCGCGGAGUACGUGGUAGUGGUACGCACGUGUGGCUCGACGCAUCAGGGAAUUUUGGGGUUAGGGCAGCAACUGCCUGUUAACUCGGGUGGGCUAAUUAAGGCAGGACAUCAUGGUGUAUUAUUGCUUGUAUUGGGAUUCUCCAGGUGCAUGGCCCUGGAGAUGCUUUAAUACAUCUAAUGAUCUUCUUCAGAUGAUUUUGGAACUGCCUCUUGCACCAGAA